AUGUCUGAACCCGAAGUCCCCUUCAAGGUCAAGGCAAUCUUUGACUACAAAUCCGAUUACGAAGACGACUUGAACUUUGAAGCUGGUCAAAUCAUAACAAUCACAUCAAUUGAGAAUGAAGAAUGGUACUCAGGAGAGUACAAUGACAAAUCGGGCAUGUUUCCAAAGAACUUCGUUGAAGUGUUGGUUGCUCCUGCUGUUCCCGCGCUGAACCGGCCAACCAAAAAGCAAGAGCAGCCAGUGGCAGUAUCUACUGCUACCGAUCAAGCAGAUUCACCUUCAUCAAAAAAUGCUACUGUCCAACAUGUUGAGCUCAAGGGAGGAAAAGGAGAAGCUGCCCAAUUGACUUCACCAAAGCUGGAGACACUGGCACCUCCAUUGGCAACUAAACAGAGCCCCGCAGGCAAAGUUCCUCUUCCUCUGGCAUUCGCAUCAAAACCAAAGGAUCCAUACAGUGUCAAGAAACAGUUUGUUGCGGCUCCAACGUCCACUUAUGUACCCAAGAUACAACCCAGAGACGAAUCGAAUUUGGUGGCACAUCCAGUCCACGAAACAAAGCAGUCGGAGGACGUUGUAAAGAGCACUCCCCAAGGCGAGCACAAUGACGAUGAGGAUGUUGCUCCAAAGGUUUCAUUAAAGGAACGUAUUGCAUUGCUUCAAAAGAAACAACAGGAAGAAGCUGAACGCGAAGCAGCUGCAUUGAAAAGGAAAGAGGACAAGAAGAAGAAGCAAGCAGAAGAGAAGGAAAGAUUGAAACAAUUGAGAGAGCAAAAGAGCGGGGAACAGCAACUUGGCACCCACGAGCUAGCUGAUGGCGCAGAAGUCUCUGCCUCUGGUGCGGAAUUGCAACCGCGUGAUCAUGUUCAUGGCCCUUCUCUUGAUGAGCUGCAUUCACAUGCCGAAAACAACACCGUAUUGCCUGGUGAGAGCGGUGAUGGAGGGUUUGUACCACCUUCAGGUGUUGUUAUCGGCAAUGAACCUGCCCAGGAAAACGAAAAUCCUGAAAGUGAGGGUCAAGAGGAGGAAAAGCAAGAAGACGUGGAGGAAGAGGAAGAGGAAGAGGAAGAGGCAGAGGAAGAGGAUGAAGACGACGAAGAAUUGAAACGUCGUAAACUUGUUGAACGAAUGGCAAAAAUCUCAGGUGGACGAAACAUGUUUGGUAUGAUGGGUAUGGCAACACCAUUUGGGGCACCAGGAGCAAGCGAAGUGACCAAGACUUCAAAAGCAGCUAAAAGUGAUGUCGAUUCUAUUAAUGCCGAGAUCAAAAGAAGAGAUUCAGCAAAAGAGGCAGAAUCCGGUGACACACGCGUACCAGCACCUGAAUCUCAGCCAGCUCCGGUGUCUGCUCCUCUCAUUCCCGGAUCUGAACCUCGUGUACAAAAUAAUCACAGCAUUCCAACAUCUGAGCAUGCAACUGGUGCCGCUGCUCGUGCUGUUGCUCCUCACAUCGAUCAAUCAAAAACCAGUCACGAGAGCUCUUCCAUGGCUGAAGAUGACGAGCCUACGGACUCGGACCAAGCGGAGUUCAUUACCCAAAGGGACAUUGACAGGCAAGAGCACGAAAGUCGCGAGAGAAUUCCAGAUAGUGCUUCUGAGGAACUUCUGAAUACAAUCACGCUUCAGAAGCAUCGUCCACUUGAAGGCGAAGGUGCAGGGUAUGAGGCGGAUGAAGAUUUGUCGGAUAUUUCCAAACCUCUAGACCACGGUUUAGCACGAGAGAUGGAUGUACAGCAUCAACAUGGUGCCGACUCAGUACAUGUUUCGGUUCAUGAUCCGUCCUCGGACCACCGCGGGUACUCCGAACUUGAAACAGCACCCGCAAUCCCUCAAAGGCACGGGUCUCAAAAGAGUACCGACGGAGUUGGGCCUCGGUCUCCGCCACCAAUGCCACCAAUACCUGGGGCCAUGCCUCCUCCGGUGGACCAGCUCGCAGGCGCUGAGGCCAGAAGCUCACACCCGCCACCACCUCCACCACAGCAUGCGCCUGUGUCUCCAUCGCUGUUGGUCAAUGAUGAUGGCGUGAGCCGUACAAUUGACAGUAACUCAGAUGACGAAGGUGAUGAUGAAAGUUUUAAGUUCGUUGACAAACAUCCACAACGCUCCGCACCUCAAAGAGCACACACUGUGGCGUCUUCCGGACCUCCCCACAGAAGUGCAGCUCCUCCAAUUCCAGGAAGCAAUGUUCCACCAAAAGUCCCACCACCAGUACCCGGCAGUGCUUACCCACCACCGAUUCCAGAGGCUGGUCCUCCUCCGCCAUCGAUCCCAGUUGGGGAGCCUCCCAAAAGAGCAACUACUGAGGUGCCUCCUCCUUUGAUGCAUACAUCUACAGGUGCAUCUGUUGGGUCAAUUCCUGGCAGGAAUUCGACCGAGACAAUGUCAAGAUCAAGAUCGUUAAAGGGAAGUGGCAGCGAUCGUAGCCAAGCAGAGAUUACUUUGGAGCAAUUGGAAUUUGAAAUUGCCAAUAUAAAAUCCACAUCUACAUGGUGGUUGAAGAAUGAGUUGCCUGAUUCGUUGGUGUCCAAAAUAGGAGUUGAUUUGAUAUAUGAAGUUGAGACAAACAAGAUUCAUAAACGUGGUGGUAGAACCACGAUAUAUCGUGACUAUUAUGUGCUUUUCUACGACUUGUCGCAAUUGGUGUUUGAGUUGGAGUUUGAGGAAAGCGAUCCUAGGAAUACGAUUCGUUUGGCUAACCAAUUUACAAAACCGUACCCGCCUAUUCGUAAGGAUUUGUUGGAUAACAAUCAUCGUGAAUUUGGUGGUGAGAUUGUUAAUGCUGCUUCCCAUUACAUUGGAUCUAAGUUGGAUAGUGAUUUGAUUGCAGUGGUUUUCCAAAGCUCUCAAUUGAGGCAGAAAUUGUUACCUCCAAUUGGAAACAAGUCGUAUGGAGUUACAAUUUACAAGAACUUCAACAAUUCAAACGUUUCCAAAAUUGAUGAUAUCAAAGCUGGUGAUAUUUUGUGGAUCAAGAAUGGAAAGUUUAGUACACACAAAGGUCUCAUUGGUAGCAAGUCUGUGACUGUUGGAGAUGGACUGGAUAAUAGUACAUUUGCUGGUAUCAUUUACGAAUACGAUCCAAAGAAGGAAAAGUUCAAAGUUGUUGAACAAGAUGCUUCGGGACAUGUGAAGAAGGAGUCGUACAAAAUCGGCGAGUUCAAGAGUGGAAGAAUUAGAGUUUUCCGGCCAGUUUCGAGAGUCUAUGUAGAUUGGUAA